UUUUCUUUCUUGACAGAUGGCUUGAAUCAAUUAGUAAUGGCUGCCUGCCUGGACUGCGGCAGCCCGGUCUGUGGGAAAGUGUGCCGGGAUUGAUUAAGAAUGUCUGCCAGGGGAUUCCCCGCGAAGGACCAAGUGUUUGCCGCGCCUGGAGUUGGAGACGCCCGAGGUGGUGUUUGGAAUGGCCUUUGAGGUGGCCAGACGGGGACGACUAAGAACAAAGCGAGCGUCUGCAUGGAGCUACGCCGCGGUGAGGGGAGGAGAGAGGGGAGGCAACCAUUGGCACUGCAGGGAAAGCUCCCUGGAGGCGGCAGGGGUGCCCCGAGGGAGACGGGGCGGACUGUGGCUGCGGAGGCGCGCGGGGUGGCGGCUCUCGCGGCUGGAGGUCUCCGGCGAGACGCGCCGGCGGAUGCGGAGCGCGCGGGCUCCGGGAGAAAAGACGCUCUGAAGUCAAAUCCUGACUCAGUCACUCGUUUAAUGCGUGACUCGGGACAGACCAUUUAACCGCUCGGAACCUCCGUUUCCUGACCUGUGAAACGGGGGAGGGUUAUUGGGUUGACUGCCGAGUGCUUGCCGCUGCCGUAGUGAACGCAGACUCAGCAGCCCACGGAGGGCGCGUUGUCCUUGCCGGACGCCGGGGGUGGCGUCCACUCCGUAGCCUGUGAAAAUGGCGCCCCCAGGCGCGCCGGCGUGGACGGUUACCUCCUGGCGGUGUGUGACGUCCCGUGUGCCUGGAUGAAGAAACAAGGCCCAGAGAGGUUGAGUCAUUUGCCCAAGUCACACAGCUAGCACACGGCAGAGGUAGGGUUUGAGCUCAGGUCUGUCUGACUCCACAGUCCAAGCCUGUAACCACCAUGACCUCCUGCCUUCCACCGAUUUGCCAAGCCUGGAAAAACGGUUUGAACUUUGGGAGAGUGCUUAAGCUGUGUAACUUCCCUAUGUGGAUUUUUCUGCAGGGAUAGGUAGCAAAUGAGUUCAUUUUCAUGCGUGUGAAAAUCCGGAGCAGUGCCUCGUUCAUGGUGAAAGUUACCCAGAGCCGUAAGGGUGAGGGCUGCGGGGAGAUUGAAACCCACUCUGAAACUAAGUGUGAGGAGGGUGACCCUAAAAGAAAGAGCGUGGCAGUAGGAUUUUCAAUGAGAGGGAAGCAGCAUGUUGGUGACAUCUUUCCAUGUAGUCCCAAGAAGCUGACUCAGCUCCCGGCAUCAAAGGCCCGCACGACAGCAUCCCAGCAAGAGGAAAGGAUCCUCCUCUCUCAGACCUGACACUUACAGUGGCCUGUCCCAGGGAUCCUGCAGAGCUCUUCAGGGGCCAGGCUUUUCUUUUAAAGCGAGAUGUUAACAUUCAGCAGCAGAGAAGGAGCUGGCCUCCUCCACCCCAGCUAAUUGCAUAUUAGACGGGCAUCACAGAGAAAGAGAAAAGAGAGAGAGAGGAACACUUGCUGGCUUUGCCCUCCCUGGGUACAGUGUCUGAGCAGAGGGAAAGCAUAAUCCCUUCAAGAUGCCAAUGAAGAAGCACAGGAGAAAAGACUCCGAAAAUUCCCGGGAACCUUCGGAGAAGACCAAAGAGCAGCUGGCCGAGAUGGAGCUUCGGAAGCUGAGGCAGCAGUUCCGGAAGAUGGUGGACAGUCGGAAGUCCUUUAACUUCCGCUCUCAGCAGGAGAUCAUGAACCAGCACAAGGAAAUCAAGACCCUGCAGGAGGAGCAGGAUGAGAUCACUCUGCUUUUGAAUCUCAUCAAGUCCUCCAGGAACUUGGAUCUGAAUGAGAAAAACUACAUGGAGCUGCGUCUUCUGCUGCAAACCAAGGAGGACUACGAGGCCCUGAUUAAAUCGAUGAAAAUGCUGUUGGCUGAACUGGAUGAGAAGAUUGUUCAGAUGGAAAAAAAAAUUAUAAACCAAAAACAAAUCUUUGCAAAAAUGCAGGAGGCCAAUAACCCUCGGAAACUGCAAAAACAGAUCCACAUUUUGGAAACCCGCUUGAAUCUCGUCACUGUACACUUUGACAAGUUGCUGACCACCAACGCUAAGCUCCGGAAGGAGAUUGAGGACCUGCAGUAUGAGAAGGCUGCUUAUGACAACGUCUACCAGCAGCUCCAUCGGCGCCUGUUGAUGCAGAAGAAAACAAUGAAUGUGGCCAUUGAGCAGUCUGCGCAGGCCUACGACCAGAGGCUGGAAGCCAUGGCUCGAAUGGCGGCCAUGAAGGACCGCCAGCAGAAGGACAUCUCUCAGUACAACCUGGAGAUCCGAGAGCUGGAGCGUCUCUAUGCUCACAAAACCAAGCUCAAGUCCUUCCUGCUCAUCAAGCUGAAUGAUCGCACUGAGUUUGAGGAACAGGCCGAAGAGGAAGAAGCUCUCAAGACAAAGCAGCAAGGGAAGAAGAACAAGAACGAGAGUUUUGAGAGCUACGAGGUGGCUCACCUCCGGCUGCUGAAGCUGACGAAGAAUGGGAACCUGAAUCAGCUCAUCGAGGAGUUUCUGGCCAAGGAGGAGAAGAACUUCGCUCGGUUCACGUAUGUCACGGAGCUCAACAAUGACAUGGAGAUGAUGCACAAGAAGACGGAGAGGAUCCAGAAUGAGAUCAUCCAGUUGCGAUCCCAGCAGAAAUCAUCCCAUGAUGACAACCGCUCCAUCCUGACGGAGCUGGAGGAGAAGCUAAAGAAGACCAAGGAGGAGGCAGAUUUGUACGAAAACAACUACAAGGAGAUCAGCAAGACCUUGGAGUAUCUCAAGAACUCAGUGGAGAAUCUGUUUAAGAAGAUAGAUUGUGAUGCCACCAAGAUCCUGGUGCAGUUAGGGGAGACGGGGGAAAUCACAGAUACCAACCUCCCGCAGUACUUCGCCAUCAUUGAAAAGAAGACCAAUGACCUGCUGCUGUUAGAAUCCUACAAGCGGAUCCUGGAUAUGCAAGUGGCAGAGGCCGAUAUCCCGCCACCCUUCAUCAACCCCUUCUGGGGCGGCUCCGCCCUCCUCAAGCUUGCAGAACCCAUCAAGGUCACCCCCCCGGUGCUCGGGGCUGACCCCUUUAGUGACAAGUUGGAUGAAGGUGAGUUCUCUUUCUUCCCGGAUCUGCGCAAGUUGCUAGGAAGCGUGUGCAGGAGAGGGUCCGCGGUGUCAAGCCUCAGUUUCCCCUUCUUUCUGAGCCUCCUGGGCCCAUCACUUCCACUGGGUAACACCUCGGUUGUCGCCAAAUGGAUAUGUUACUGAACCAGGUUUCGUUUUUCGCGAUGUGUGGCAAGCCAGAUGCUGAGAUGCCGAGGUUUGCAGCACAGAGAAGGGUUAUUCGUGAGGUAGCCAAGCAAGGAGAGGAGGUGGGAGAACAAAUCUCAACUCCUGCCUCCCCGAAAGCAAGGCGCUCGGGGUACUUACAGAAUAAAGAGAAAAAGAAGGGUGGUCCGCGGCGUGGGGAGCGUGGGGAGCAGUGAUUGGGAAAAGGUGCGGUGAUCAUUCGUCUGUGCGCUGGCUUAACUCAGCUACGGUGCUCUGCACGUUCAAGAGGUCACCGAGUCACCCUCGUGCAUGGCCAGUUGAAGGGUCACUGUUCAUCCAGUGUUAACCAGCCUAGCUGGAGCUAGACAUUGCUGACUCUUGGCUCAGCUGAAGUGGAUGCAGCUGACUCCAAGUUCUUGGGAAACAGCUCAGGCAGAUAUCUUAUUGUCUAGGCUACCUGCAGUUUGGAGAACAACCCAGUCUUUUGCAGCAAUAAUUAAAGCGACCUUGAUUAGUGAAGGCACGUUACAGGUGAAAUGGAUUUAACUAAAGAUUAGCCACAGUUUCAGUUACACACCUUGAGCCUAUAGUCUUUCUUGUGGAGGUGGGUCCUUCAGAGAAAAAUUUAUUCGAGGGUCAAAGGUGAAAGUGGGAGGAUGGUGGAACUGGAAACAACUGAAAUGCUCACCCAAUAGAGUGGUUAAAUAAGUUAUAGUUCACCCAUCCAUGGAUGGAAUACUAUGCAACCAUUAAAAAGAAUGCAAUAGGGUGUUAUAAACUGACACACGUAUGUAUGGCAUGUAGUGGCCAGGAAUGCUGCUAAAAAUCCUGCAAUGCACAGGACAGCCCUUCACAACCCUGCUAUUUAAGAGUGGGGUGGGGAGAAGAGGAAGGAGGAGGAGGAGAAGAAAGAGGAGGAAGGGAGGGUGGGAAGGAGGACAGUAUCCUGAUUAUACAUAUAAAAUGAGGAGGAUGUGUAGGCUGACUUACGGUGGGUAUUUCUGGAAGGUGGUUUGCAGAGAACUUUGCAUUUCUAAGUUAAACAACCUGUAUUGUUUAGAAUUUUCUUUUACAAUGACCUUGCGUGACUUUGGUAUUUGGAGAAAAAAAAAUUUUAUUUUUUUAAAAAGCAGCCCCACUUCUCUGAGCAGUAUUUCAAGUGUGCAGGUGUGCCAAUGUGUGCACAGAUAGACAGGCAGGUGCACACCGCUUGUUUGUUUUAUUCAAGGCAACUGAAACUUAGCAGGAGUGAAAGCUGGGGCUGGUGUCAGCCACCUUAGCACAGCUUCCCCUGGCCCUUCAUGUUCCUAAAAGAGGAGAGUGGCAGGGCAUAGCUGUUGCUAACGCUAUCCUCACAAGGUCAGGGACGUACAGAUGAUGUCUUCACUUCUGUUCAACGGAAUGUUGAUAAACACUGGGUUCUCUUAGCCCACUAGCCUCUGUGGCUUAUAGGCGUGAAUUAGAAGAGGCACCCACUCUGGGCAGAUUAAUUAGGAAAAGGAGUCCCUGCUGGGUGGGCAUGGCUUCGCAAUCAAGUGGAGGGAUGGAUUUCAGCCCUGUUUUUACCAGGUGUCUUUGUGCAGUCUACAUCUUGGUCAACUGCACACAAUGGCCUUGUCUCCUUGGUAUCAAACCAAACUCAGCUUCACAUCUUCAUCUGAGAGAAAAAAACAGUUAUUGUCUGGGCAUCCUUGAGCAGUACAUCUCCACCUAUCCUCUCCCUCCCUGAACUUAGAGAAUGGUCACACUCCAAACCCCAGCACUGUGGAGGGGUACCUUACAAAGCUUGGACAUCCUUGAAUAAGGCAGAGGGGCAGUGUCCCUAGGAAGAAACCCCCCCCACCCCACCCCCCACCGCCUCCUCCACCUGCUGUGUUGGGUUUGAUUUCCAAACUCCUCACACAAAUCCUGUCUUUGGCACAGUGGACCAGCCCCUGGACCACAGCAGCCUUCGGCAGCUGGUGCUCAGCCAUCAUACUGCAAAAGA